CCUUUGUUUCGCUAGUUAGCAAGCACAGCCACUAUAUCAAAAUGACGAUGUAAAAAUGUAUGAAAACAAAAAAGGUGAUGUUAAGGGUUAUGCACAAGAUUAACAGUGGGUUAAGUUUCGUUUUUAUAUCACAUUUUAAGAUGAUCAAAUAGGCGGGGUUUAUGACUGACUAGUGACCAACCUAUCUUUCGUACAAAUCAGUUCUGAAAUCGUUAUACAGCACAAACACUUGACAACUACAAGACAUCAUAGCAUAACUGAAAGUUCACAAUGAGUGAGGAACACUACCUCGAACUUUGUGAAAACCCUGUGCAAUUUGAAAAUGCGUCAAGCGUCAACAAUGUGUUUUUCGACGAAGCGAAUAAACAGGUGUUUGCAGUACGAUCAGGGGGUGCCACUGGGGUUGUGGUUAAAGGACCAGAUGACAAAAACUCAGUUGCCUUCAGAAUGGAUGACAAAGGAGAGGUGAAGUGCAUUAAGUUUUCGAUCGGAAAUAAGAUUUUGGCUGUCCAGAGAACACCAAAAUCUGUGGAUUUCAUAAACUUCAUACCGGAUUAUCCGCAUUUGGAAUGCUCCCAGGAAUGUAAGAUGAAGAAUGCCAGUAUUUUGGGCUUCUGUUGGACCAACUGGAAUGAAAUCGUUUUCAUCACUGACCAGGGAAUUGAGGUCUACCAGGUGCUUCCUGACAAACGCAACCUGAAGCUGCUGAAGAGUCAGAGCGUCAAUGUGAACUGGUACAUGUACUGUCCUGAGACUGCAGUCAUCCUGCUCUCUACCACCGCCCAGGGCAACGUGCUGCAGCCGUUUGCCUUCAAAAGUGGGACCAUGUCUAAAAUGCCCAAGUUUGAGAUCGAGCUUCCAGUGGUUCCCAAGCCAGCCAAGCUCAAUCUGACAGAGAGGGACAUUGCUGUGGCCACCAUUUACGGUCAGCUGUAUGUAAUGUAUCUGAAGCAUCACUCCAGAACUACUGACAGUCCCUGUGCUGAGGUGGUCCUCUAUCAGCUACCCAGGGAGGGAUCCUGUAAGAAGACCAACGUGUUGAAACUCAACACCACAGGGAAGUUUGCCCUCAACGUGGUGGAUAACCUGGUUGUUGUGCAUCAUCAGAGCUCUCAGACCUCCAUCAUAUUUGACAUCAAGCUGCGGGAGCCUGACUGUGCCCUUAACGUCCAUCAGCCUGUGUUGCCUGGUCGCUCCAUCCACCCCUACAGGAUUCCCCUAACAGGUCUUGCUGCUGUACCCACCCAGCCUCCUGUGCCUUGUGAACUAUACUCCUCAUCUUGGAGCGUCUUUCAACCCGAUAUCAUCAUCAGUGCAAGCGAAGGGUAUCUGUGGUAUCUGCAGGUGAAGCUGCCGCCGACCGUCAACCUCCUGCAGGACAAGGGCAAGCUGAUGGACUUCCUCCUGCGUAGACGAGACUGCAAGAUGGUAAUCUUGUCCGUGUGUGCACAAAUGCUCAACGGGGGAGAUAAGGGGGGCUUACCAGUGGUGGCCACAGUGUUCGACAAACUCAACCAAGUUUACAAAGAGUACUUGGAGGCAGAGCAGACCUACACUGUGGCUACGGAGUCUGGUCCCAGCCGAGGCAGCGCUGCUCGGGAGAGGCCCGUCCGGAGGCAGGCGGUUAUCGACCAGUCAGACAUGUACACCCACGUCCUGUCCUCCUUCUCAGAGAAAAAGGACACGUCUCACAAGUUUAUAAUUGCUGUGCUGAUGGAGUACAUUCGCUCACUCAACCAGGUCCAGAUCACCGUGCAGCAUUACCUGUAUGAGCUGGUCAUUAAGAUGUUGGUUCAGCACAAGCUCUUCUACAUGCUCCAUCAGUUCCUCCAGUACCACGUCCUCAGCGACUCUAAGCCACUGGUGAUUCAGCAGUUACUACAUACAGCUCAACUAUUUCAUGAAAGCACAUACCCCCCUGCACACCAGCUUUCCCUGGAUAUGUUGAAGAGACUGUCCACAGCCAAUGAUGAGAUCGUGGAGGUGCUCCUGUCCAGACAGCAGGUGCUGGGUGCGCUGCGCUUCAUCCGCAGCGUGGGUGGCCACGACAACAUCUCCGCCCGCAAGUUCCUAGACGCGGCAUGCCAGACGGCCGACCAGAUGCUCUUCUACACCAUCUUCCGGUUCUUCGAGCAGAGGAACCUGCGUCUGAGAGGCAACCCCAGCUUCAACCCAGGUGAGCACUGUGAGGAGCAUGUGGUAUACUUCAAGCAAGUUUUCGGGGAGCAGGCAGUCAUGAAGCAAGUAACAGUUUGAGUCGAGACAUAUUUUAUCUUAUCCCACAGUCCAUUAACUUAUUGUAAAUAAUUGUUCAAAUCAUGCUAAUAAAAUCAUUUGUACAUAUUCUAACAAUCAA